AUGGCCACCUUCCCAUCCGGAGCCUCGGGGCCGGACUCGAUAUCUCCCGAUAGUGACCAGCCAGGUACCGGUCGGCGCCUCAUUGCCUGCGUUGCAUGCCAAAAGCGGAAAGUCAAGUGCAGCCGGGUGUUUCCUUGUGCAAAUUGCAUUAGGUCAUCCAGCCAAUGCAUCCCUGGAACGCCAGCUCCUCCGCGAGGGAGGAAGCCGUACAAUCAAGCUCUCAAAGCACGUCUAGCCCGCUGUGAGCAGCUACUGAGUGGUCAAGCUCCAGCGGUGGCGUCAAGUGCUUCCCCGAAUGCUGUCUCCACGCCAAAGACGUCGCAGUCUCAAAGUCCGGCGGACCCUUCUCCGGUCUCUAGAUGGACACCGGAAGGGAAGCUGGUAGAAGAUCCAAAUGGCAAGCUCGCCUUCAUGGAUAACUACCUCUUGGGGCUGGUUAAUGAGGAGCUCCGAGCCAUGGAUGAGCUCAUCAGCCUUGAUGAGAACGAACGCAGCAGUCCACUUGAUAGCAGGCCUUCCGACCCAAACACAGAUCUACUCCUUGGAGAUGACGCCCCCAAAUCUUCAGUUCUCGACGCUUGGCCGGAUGCCGCACUUGUUUUCAAGCUUUGGCAAAUCUUUCUUGACCGAGUGAAUCCCUUCACCAAAGUGAUUCAUGUUCACACCUUUCAGCCCUAUGUCGUGGAAGCUACAAAUGGCACCCAAGGUCUACCAGAAAAUAUCAUGGCACUACUGCUGUCCAUCUUUUUGAUGGCAGUUGUUGCCAUGUCAGAGGAGGAAUGUUUGGCCGCGCUGAAAAAGACUAAAGAAGCUGCCGUGGCCUUGUUUUCCGCUGGCAUUCGCCAGACAAUGAGGCAGCUCAAUUUCAUGCGUACUAACGAUCUAGUCAUUCUCCAGUCGCUCUGCCUGUACUUGUAUUCCUUGCAAGACAGAUAUGACCGCCACAGCUCGUGGGUCUUCAGCGGCACCGUCAUCCGAAUCGCUCAAAAGAUGGGGCUCCACCGCGACGGCGAUGUGCUUGGCCUGAAGCCCUUUGAAUCAGAGAUGAGGCGCAGGGUAUGGUGGCAGCUGGUAUCACUCGACGCAAAGUUUGCUUUGUUCUCCGGCUUUGGCCACUCGCUGCUCCCUCGGGACUGGGAUGCUAGGGAGCCGAGCAACUUGAACGACGCGGACAUCUUUCCGGCCGCUGCGCAGCCAACACCGGACCGCGACGGCCCCUCAGAGAUGAUUCUAUGCUUGAUCCGACACAAAAUCACCAAGUUUCUAGUCGACACGCCCGGUCUCGAGCCGGUGAAGAUGAUGGGCGAGCUGAAUGAGUCCGGCGGUGCUCAGCCAGUAGCAGGGGGAACGAGAGAACAGCAGAUGAGCUACUACCUUACCCAUUUCGAGUUGUUCGAACAGGGCCUCCAGCACAUCUUGGACAACCGAUGCAACCCCCACGCGGGACAAGUACACGUCAUGGCUCAAGGGCUCAUAUCGGCUCUUCUUGUACAGAAACGGCACUUGAUCAAGAGCAUUAGUGACGGGCCUAGACCUGACGCCGUGGGUCAGAGCGGAGAGGACAAUGCUUUCAUGUGGGCUGUUUCCACGCUUGAGCAUACGUCGUUUCUUUACUCUUCUUCAGAGGGUACGGGUUUCCUCUGGUUCGCUGAUUUCAACUUCCAAUUCGAGGUACUACUCUACGUCGUGGUGCUGUUGGGACAAAGACUUGAAGGACCCAUUGCACAACGUGCCUGGGAAAAGAUUGAAAUACUCUACCGGUUCCGGCCCGGGUUAUUCAACGUUACCGACAAAUCCUGCGCGACUCUGGCGCAUUUCGUAUUACGGGCAUGGUCGAAGAGAUUGGAUCUGCUCAUUAGAUCUGGUUUCCCGGGAGAGUCACCGGAAUACAUCGUUAAGCUACAAGCUUGUGUCGAAAACGUUGUUCAUAACGGUAACAACCCUCUAGGCUCACUGAAUCCUCAAGAAACAACGCCAGUCAACACGCAGAUGUGGGCACACGCAUUAGAGGCUGAAGGGGUGCCGCCGUUUUCGUACAUUGGUGUCGGACGGGGUCAUUUUUCGAAUCCUGAAACUUCCGCAUGGUCCUUCUUAGAGACUAUGAAUGGGCGAGAGAACGAAGAUGAGCCGGAAGAUUCGGUAUUCCCUGUUGCGUUAUGA